CGUGAAGUGAUCGCCAGGAAACGACGAUGGUGAAAGUGAAAGCGCCACCUCGCUUGCGCUGUACGUCACGAACGCGCCACAAACAUUGUAUGCCUUCACACAACACAGCACAGGUCUACUAACCAAGCAAGCGACAAUCUGCACCACUUAAACAACUUCGCAAACGAGCACAUAGCGAGCGGUAAGGGACGCGACUUGCUAGUAUGGGUCAUGUGGCAAAUAACGACAAGGUUCAGGAAGAGAUAAGACUUGACCGACCAAUUGUCAAAGACCUGGAGUUCAUGGUAAUACCUGCAACACCAGAAACUUUACCAGAGUCAGCCAUGGCCGAUCCUAGCGACACAGAUCUUGAGCAGCACAAGCAAGUCGUUCGAGGCAUAGAUGUCAACAAAGCCCCCAACGACGGGGACGGGGGCAAAACUGAGGAUCCAUACGGAUCCCUAGACCCUAAUACUACUUUGCUUAUUCCUAUUACAAACCCAUCCGACUUCCCCAUCCAGCGCCUGCAAGAAGUUCAGUCCGACCACCAGCCCAGCACACACAUCACCAAUAUGUGGUGCCACAAGACGCCCACCGGCGCAAUCACCCAGGUAACCGCUGACAUCCAAGAUGGCUCGAUCAACCACCUGUACAUCCGCGACCCGCGAUGGCUCCGCGCUCUCGGUCUUGCCGCGCCAGACUUCGAUACCAUCCACUUCGACUCAGCGCAGUUGCGGCUUGACGAGACAUUUAAGAUCAGGAUAUUUGCCGGGCAGCGGCCGCAGCGCCUCGAGAACUGGAUUAUGGGCGAGUUGAUCGGUGCGCGCCAUGCGUUUCUGUAUUGGCUGGAUGAGCGGCGAAGCGCGUAUCCGACGAGCGGACCGUAUGCGGCGGAGUCGAAGGCGAUUGCAAGGGCGACGGGAAGGAGGGCGCUGAAUGUUAUGAAGGAGAUUGAGGGCGUGUGGGAGUUGGAGCAAGGUAGUGAUGGGAAGGAGUAUAGGGAGAACAGGAUUAGGUACUUGGGAGAGGAUCCAACGUAUCCAGCAGGAGCGGAGGAACGUAGGAACGUGAGAAGUAUGUUUGCAUAGGCGGUUACGAGGGUUCGGGGCGGCUGCUCAUGUAAGAUUUGAAUGACGAGUGUGC